UAGACUUUGAUGGUGACUGCUGGUUGUGAGACUGCAAAUGUACAAGCUAUUGAACGCUAUUGUUAUGGACAAUACACAUUCCCAAACCAAGCUAGCUGUAUAUAUAUUGACUAAGUUAACAAUGACAAGAAGGAACUCAUAUGCUACUCUACCUUAUCUAAGCGAUUCGCAUUCUCAUUUCUUUGGUUCUUCCUUACACAAAAUCUUCUUCAAUGGAGGAUGCAGCUCAAGAAAAGCAGACACAUGUCACGAUUCAGGGAGCUCAACAAUCAAUAUCUCCUGAUAGUGUGGGAGAAGCCAUUGGCAACCAACAGUCAUCUGUUCCUCUGCUUCACCGUAACAAGAGAUGGCUUCUAAUGGCCUUAUUUUCCGUUCUUGUACUCUUUGGCCAGUCAGCUGCUACGCUUCUGGGAAGAUUGUAUUAUGAAAAGGGUGGAAAUAGCAAAUGGUUAUCGGCAUUUAUACAAGGUGCUGGAUUUCCAAUCCUCUUGCCAUUCCUGUAUAAUACAAAAGACAGAAAAAACAACUCAAGUGAACAAACGAAGACACCAUCUCCUCUAGUCCUCGGAUCAAUAUAUAUGGUCCUUGGCACUUUGCUAGCAGCCGUAGGGAUGUUAUUUUCAGUAGGCCUCUUAUACCUUCCUGUAUCCACUUUUUCGCUCAUCAGCGCAACUCAGUUAGGCUUCAAUGCUUUGUUUUCCUUCUUUCUCAAUUCACAAAAGUUCACUCCUUUAAUUGUCAACUCAUUAGUACUUCUGACCACUUCCUCUGCCCUCCUUGUACUUCAAAAUGAUGACUCUUCAGGCUCCUCAAAAUCCUCCAAAGGAAAGUAUGCUAUAGGAUUCAUAUGCACCCUAUUAGCUGCAGCACUUUUCUCUUCGAUACUCUCUCUGUCACAACUUGCAAUUAACAAGAUUCUGAAAAGGCAAACAGUUAAGGAGCUUUUGGAUUUCUUGAUUUACCAAUCGCUUGUAGCAAGUUGUAUCCUGUUGGUCGGCCUUUUCGCUAGCGGAGAAUGGAGGACCCUUUCUGCAGAGAUGAACAAAUUUGAACUAGGCAAGGCAUCCUAUACAAUGACUUUGUUGUGGAUAGCAGUGUGCUGGCAAAUUUUCUCCAUUGGAAUGGUGGGAUUGAUUUUGAAGGUCUCUUCACUCUUUGCUAAUGUCAUCAGCACACUAGGGUUGCCGAUUGUUCCAAUUUUAGCCGUAUUCAUCUUCAAGGAAAAGAUGAGUGGAGUAAAAGCAGUAGCAAUGUUGCUUGCCAUAUGGGGAUUCAUGUCCUACAUUUAUCAGCAUUAUCUUGAUGAUUUGGUGUCCAAGUCCGGAAAAAAAGACGUCGAUAGCAAAGAAAUUUCCCUCAUUCAGAACUGACUAAUGCAUUAUCUGUACUCUCUAUUACAGAUCUAUGUUCUUCAUUUGUUCUUUACAUGUUGGAUAUUCUCGGCUUCUACAGUGAAGUUCGGCCAAGAUAAGUCCUCCUGUACUAAUAAGAAGUGGAUGAUAAUUGUGGAACUAAUCACGGAUUUCUCUUUCAUAGCUAA